CAGCUGCCUUGCUAUGGAUUCGUUAGGAUGGACAUCGAUCACAUGAAAGGACUGUGUUUUUUUUUGUCAUUAUUAUUGUUUUUAAACCCGUCCUCUAACUUACACGCCCUGUCUAUGUUACACGCCCUUCUUAUUUCAUUCGGCAAAAAAUGGUGAAGAUUGGUGUCGAUCACUCUCUUUUAUUUUGUCUGUGUGGCUCUUAGUGUUGUCAAUCAAAAAAGAAAACGAGCUGAGGGUUCAGGUUUCGAGUUCGGUUUGUGGGGAGAAACGAAUACUUGACUCCAAAGGAAAGCAGUAGUGUUUGGAAGAUUUGGUCAGACAGGCUGAGAAAAGGGGAGGUGAAAUUUGAAAAACGGUCAAUUAAGCAUAUACAAAAAACGGGGCUGUGACUACUGUUAACUCAAGACAAGUAAAGCGUACGUAGGGGGAGUUUUACUGUGCGCAGGAAAAAGACAGGACCUGCUGUGGCUGAAAUGAGAAGCUUAAGGCCCGAGGUCCCAGGCCUGAUAACGACUGCAUCGGCUUGAGGCACGACCAGAUUUGUGCUCAAGAGAUUUGGAGUUCCAUACAGAUGCCAAAAAUGUGAAACGACAUUUUCAUCUUUUUUUUUUAUUUUAUUUUUUUAAAAAGUAGUAGUACUGUUAACCUGUUAAGGUGGGGUGUGGGGGGGGGAGGUGUGAUGGAUCGGAACAAGCGGAAUUCGAUAGCGGGGUUCCCGUCCAGGCCAGAUCGGUUUGAGGAUCAUGAAGGAGAGGGAGGGGGCGGGGGGGAGGCAGGUGCCCCCCAGGUGGGCCGGUUCUGCUCCUCCUCCUAUCGAGCCCUCAUCAGCGCCUUCUCCUGCCUCACACGCCUCGACGACUUCAUCUGUGAGAGAAUCGGCACCGGCUUCUUCUCCGAAGUUUACAAGGUGCGACACCGGACCUCUGACCAGGUGAUGGCCCUAAAGAUGAACAUGAUGAGCAGCAACAGAGCUAACAUGUUGAGGGAGGUGCAGCUCAUGAACAGACUCUCGCACCCCAACAUCCUCAGGUUUAUGGGCGUUUGUGUUCACGAAGGCCAGCUCCAUGCACUGACCGAGUACAUCAACGGUGGUAAUUUGGAACAACUUCUUGAUGGCAACAAGCACCUGAGCUGGUCAGCUCGAGUCAAGCUGGCACAUGACAUUGCCAUGGGUCUGAGCUACCUGCACUCCAAGGGAAUCUUCCACAGAGACCUGACAUCCAAGAACUGUUUGAUAAAAUGUGAGGAAGACGGUUACACAGGGGUGGUGGGAGAUUUUGGCCUUGCUGAGAAAAUCCCUGAUUACAGUGUUGAAAGUGAGAAGUUGUCAGUGGUCGGCUCCCCGUUUUGGAUGGCGCCCGAGGUCCUCAGAGAUGAGCAAUACAAUGAGAAGGCGGAUGUCUUCUCCUAUGGUAUCGUACUCUGUGAGAUUAUAGCCAGGAUACAGGCUGAUCCAGAUUAUCUCCCGCGCACAGAGAAUUUUGGUUUGGACUACCAUGCUUUUCAGCAUAUGGUUGGAGACUGCCCACCUGACUUCCUCCAACUGGCUUUUAACUGCUGUAAUAUGGACCCCAAGCUCCGUCCUUCCUUCCCAGAGAUCGUGAAGACACUGGAGGAGAUCCUGAACCGGCUGAGAGCCGAGGAGUCGGAGAGAGAGAGGCUACACCUCAGUGUGGAGAGCAUCGACAGGAAGACAAUUCCCAAAGGUCCAGGUGAUAAGAUACAGGGAGUUAAACGCUCAAACCCGAUGGGACUUCAGGACGGCAAGAUCCCUCCCAAGUCUCCCAGGCCAAGACGGAACAUCUUACUUUCACGGAGCCAGUCGGACAUUUUCGCUCGGAAGUCAAGUCGCAAGAUCAACGUUCAGGACCCCUACUACCACCCAACACGAGGCGGGGCUGGCGGCCGCAAGAUCAACCCCUUCAAUGCCCGGGAGGACCUCAAGGGUGGCAAGACCAAGUUUUUUGACAUGCCUAGCAAGUCUGUUAUCUCGCUGGUGUUUGACCUGCACUCCCCCCAGAGCGGUGUGAUCACCUCCCAGCGACAGUUCAGACAGGGCUGUGUGGGUGCGGUGGGGGUUGAUUACUGGCAGGACCCUUCCCUAUUUCCAGGCAGGCGCUGUCGAUCGCUGCCUGUUUCUCCUGUGUUGUUACCCAAAGAGUGCUUCGGAAUCGGGGGCGGCGGGCUGUCCUCCACUAUCUGCAAGUGCGACCCUGUGGUGCUGGGCAACGAGGUGCGACAGAAGGUGCUAAGCAGUGUAAGCAAAUAUUCUGUGAUGGAGAUUCCACCCUUUCGUCCCAGGUCCAAGUCGGAGGAAUUUGAGGAGGAAGUAGAGGGGGGUGAUAGUGAGGAUGGUGAAAGUUGGUCUCCUCAUCGCCACCAGGCGGCUGCUUCUCAGUCUGAUCGGGGCGAGGCAAUGGAUUGCUCAGACAGCCAGGGGGGACCAGAAGAACCGGGGGAGGAUGAUUGUGAGUUCUACCCUGCUGUGGACAGGUUAAGCCCCCCAGUGAGUUCUGGACAAGAUGAGAACGGCACUUCGUGUAGGAACUCUGUCUGUGAGGAUAUGGAGGCAGAGAACGAGGAGGAGAUGCAGAGGGAUAUGUCCAAUCUGGCCAUCCCUGAGCCCGGACUGACGGGGUUAGGGGCACAGACUCCAACCAUAGGCAGCGCCAAGGCUUCCUUCAGCCUCAGCAUCUCUGUGGAGCCUGACUCUGACGGGGAGUCUCUUCUCUCCUCUGAGGAAAGCUUUGGCCCCAUCGUACUAGCCCCCUGCGUGGUGUCUAGACCUCCAGACAUCCAGUCCAAAUGUGACAUUUAAAAAAGAAAUUGAGAAGGAAAAAACUAUAACUUUUUUCAUCCCAAAUGUUAAGGAAGAAAAGUGUGUAGUUUAAUUGAUGAUGGCAGACAGGCGUUUUUUUUUUUUUUUUAAUUAUUGUUGUUGGUAUAAUUAAUAUUUAAUAUAAACAACUAUAGCAGUUCCAGAGAAGUUGUUUUGUAUUGUUUGUACAUGAGGAGUUCCUAAAUAAGUGAGGGAUCCACUUUGGAAUCAUGGUCCAUUAUUUUAAAUACUGACCAUCAUAAUCAAGUUAGUAUACAUAAUAAAACUAGCUCUGGCUAGUUUCAUUUUGACAGGUAUGUGCAGUUAAAUCAAACCUGAAACCCUCAACUAUCCCUGAGACUGCACAGAUUUUGAAGAUUCAGAUCAUGUUUGAUAUUGCAUGUUCUUGGAAAGUAUGUGGAAUGACACAAUAGCAGAUUUAACUUUUAGAUAAAUAUUAAUAACGCACACAAACACAGUAUAUUAACACAAUACACUGAUGUGCAUGCACACACAAAUGCACAUUUCUUUGAAACCUAGCUAAUGGCAAUAUUAUUUUUUAUAACAUGUAAAAAAACUAAGAACAAAAAUACCAUAAGUGCAAAAUGUUUUUUUUUUUUUUUUUUUUUAAUUAAGAAAUUAACUAAAUGGCUGUGUUGUAUCGUAAAACAGUCACCAAUGGUUUGUUUUGGUCAUGGUUAUACGUAAAGUAUGUGUAUACAGUGUCUAAUAUGAAUAAAACAAAUGCAGAGGGUGACAAUGUAAUUUGGAACCCACAGACGUAUAAAUGCAUUCUAGCUUCUGAACAUCUGUUUCAAACAAUGAAUGAAAAAUUUGCUUCCUUGAGAAUUUGCGAUAGAUAGUUCGACACACAAAUGAGUUUACACUCCCUACAUCAGCAGAGACCUCAAGUUCUUUGUUGUGCAGCUGUAGCUUUUCCUAAAAGUUGAAAAACAGGGCUUGCAGAUGUGUUCAAGUGAAGGUAAAAAAGAAAAAAACAACAAAUGUCUUAAGCAAUAUCUAAUAGCAUAAUGUGCUCAUUUUUAAGACCCAUAACAAAUAAAGCAAAGCUGUUUACAUUGUCUGGCGAAGCCCAGGUAAUAAACAAGAAAUCAUACCUAAAAAAAAAAAAAUCUAUAUAUAAUAACUUAAUGCCCACUGCCUUCUGAACCAGAAAGGGGUUGGACAGCUGUCUGUAUUUUCAGAAAGUCUCAAUUCCAGUCAUUUAGAAGACAAGCUGAGCAGCACUGUGUACUGUAUAUGAUUAUCAGCAUUGUCAGUAUUAUUAUGCUACUCUACCAAGGUCACAAAUAGUGAUUGUAAAAGUUUUAGGCAAGGUGGGGUUGGGGAUAUAUAUUUGAAAUUCUAAUACAUUUUUAAUUGCCUUGUUUAGUAAACACCAAUAUAAAUGUUAAAAUACUGCAGCCAGAAAGUGCUGUCUGGUGUUUUCUUUAUAAAAAAAAAAAAUGAUAUUGCAAUAAACAGUUUUAAUGAACAGCUACUACCCCAUGACUAGAAGGGUUUCCUGUUGUAACGCCGAGGGUGUUUGAUAUUCAUAGGAUGUGUUUUUUUAAAAGGGGUUAGGAUUUACAAAAGUUGCCAUUUCAUGGGACUCCUCCCAUUUCAGUGGCUUUUGGGAGGGAUGGAGCUGCAGGCUCUUCCAUCACACCUUAAAGACAAUUAGUUACCCUGACAUGCCACUGUCAUGACCCCUGUGAAAAUCUGGGAAAUGCAGCCAACAAGUGAGAUCCCUGAAAGAUUAUUAUUUUUGUAAGGCAAGUAAACAAGCUCUUCUCAUCCCCACAAUGCUAAAUAUUUAGUCUCCCAGAGGGUGGACAGUUCUGAUGCUGUUGGGUCGUUCCCUCUAGGCUAAUAAUUUAGGACCUUGAUAUAAAGAUUUAAUUGGUUUAAAUGAACUAGAACAUGGUUAGAACACCUUGACUGGAAAAAACCCAAUAUUGCCCACCCCUGACUGAUACUUUAGCUGACUGCAUUGUUCAUGUUUGUUAACGGAAAAUCACAUGUAUAUGUAUAGCCUGCUCUCAUUUGCAUUUGUUGAAUAAUGCUGUUCUAGUGUCACUACAGUUCUAUGCAAUAAAAAAUAACUUCUACAUCUUUUUAAAUCUAUUUUGAUAUUUAUGAAGGGUUUUUGCCAUGUCUUAAUAUUUUGAUUUUGUAAAUAAAUGCUUGGAGUUUAAAAUACUUCUGUUGCUAACUUGUAAAAUAUUUGAAUUCUUUGCUGUUAAUAAAUACCCCUUUCUGAUUUUUCCACUC